UAAAAUAUCCACAUUCGGCGUGCUGUCCUUGUGAGAAUGAGCAUAAAGUAGAAGGUGCUCAACCAGGAGAGCAAAGAUGGCAUCGCGCUUUCUAAAAAUCUCUGUAUUCAUUCAGAAGUAUCGGACACCGCUGCUCCUCAUCGGCUGUGGAGGCGUCUUCUCUGCUAACAUCUUCUAUCACAUUUUCCCAGAUCACACAUACAGAAAAGUGUACCAGGCCUGGCACAAAGGAGAACCCGCCAGCCUGUCAGAGAAGCUCCAGAACAUCUUUCAGGAGGUGCUGAAAGAUUCUUCCAUCAGCUCCUCCAGAAACUUCAGUGCAUUUGCAGCUUUCGGCUUUCAUCCAGUAGGAGCUGGUGUCCCUUGGCUUCCUUCUGGAGCACAAAUUGGCAUCCCAGCCAACUUUAACAGCAGCACCGGUGACCUGGAAGGCAUCACUAACCGUACAAUUCUCAUUAAUGGCAAAGAGCUGGAGUGGGACAGUGACUCUGGUGUAGCUCUCAAAAACUCUCUGGUGUUCUCUUUGGAUGCACAGAAGUUUGCUAUCGCCCGAGAAGUGGCCCGACUGGGGUCUGGAGGGCCCAUCUUGCACGCUGCAGUGGCUCCGGUAUGUUUGGCAGGGGCUUGUGUCUAUAGUGUGACCCUCAAACAGAUCUUCAGGUUUCAAGCUGGCUCCAUCAUCUUCAGAGGUGUUGUGAAUCUGCUUUCUCUGGGUUUAGGAGUCGUGACGUAUGUCCUGGCUGCUGAUUCUGUGAGCCAGUGGUUGGACUACCGCUCAGAUCGUCGGGCUGCGGGUCUGUCUAGUGGUUACGCAAAGGGUGGUUUAGAGUUUUAUGAGAAGAUCUUGACACGGAACAAGACGCUGCGCUCUCUGAUGGGCCAGAAAGGGGAAGAGAUGUACGCCCCCAGCGGAAACCUGUUUCCUGCACACCUGCUGCAACUCAGACAUGCUACUUACACAUCUAGACGAGACAGGAUUUUAAAUCUUCUGAAAAAUGAGAACGCAUGAACUGCUUAAAUGUAUUCAAAUGCCAUGUGGAAAGUCAUGAGACUGUAUACUGUAUGUACAGUGUUUUUGAAAUGGUACUACAAUACACACCACUGGAUUCUAUUGUUCUCAUUCUUAUGAAUAAACAGCUAAGAAGCUAUUUCUAAGAUGU